AUGUGUUUACACUCGCAACACCGACCACACAUCGAACCGAUGGUGAGGUGUUCCGUUUUUUAUUUGGCAAUCCUGUUGUAAAUAUAGGCCAGCAUAAGUUUUCGAUAGGCACAGGUUGUUUUGGAGGAGUGUUCCGUCGUUGUUAAAAUGUUGUUGUUGAUGUUUUACUGUGCAUUGCUGCCGCGUACCUGCAACUGUUUGUUGACUGCAUUCGAGUGAUUCACAAAUUCCGCUCCCGCCUGUUGUGACGGGGAAUGUUAUUUACGUACGUGGAGGAACACUACGCUGGUGUGUGUGUCUAAUCCGUGUAAUGGCGUGAUGUUGUUGUUAUUAUCGGAUGUUGUUGACGACAUCACGAAAGACCUUAAGUAGGACCGACCGUGGCGCUGGGAAUUCAGUCUUCGACUCACCACACCAACGAACGCAAGAACAACCGUGAAACAAUCGAGGCAUCCCACUAGAGCCAGUGAGGUCGUGCCCCCCAAGAAAGAAAGCAAAGGAAAAUAAGUUGAACUGAAAGUGAAUGGACUCGUGAAUAAACCAAUAGACAGUGAAAGAACUUAUUGCAAGCGGCAUAAAACAAUUGUCACAGUUAAAGCAAGAUUUUCGUGAAGUGAAGUGUACAAUAUCAGCAAACGUGCCAGCAAGUGCCUUUAUCCCAGUGGGAGGUGGUAUUUGCUUAAUUUAGUUCUAACAAGCACGAACGGGCACAGUGGGAUUGUGCAAUCGUACAUCAGUAGUAGGCGAGCAUUGCCCCGGCUACUAAGCAGUUGAGAAAGCAACAGACAGCAGCAGCAGCAGCAUCAUCAGCAGCAUCAGCAUAAAAAGGAAAAUUAGAAACAAAAUUGAAAGUAUACAAAAAAGAUUACUGAAGUUCGUAAAAAAAAUUGUGCACCUUUCAUGCACCCACACGUGCGUUGGUGAAAACGUGUGCUGUGAAAAACACUUGUGUGUGAGUGGAAAAAGUGCUAGAUAAAUUAAUAGUGUGAUCUAAAAGUGGACAUUCAACCGAGGGCCAAAUUCUUUGGAAAGAACUAUGCAAAUCGAAUACAAAAAGUGUACCAAAUUGUUUUCCGGCUGUGGCGUCGCGUCACUGUUGGGUGUAUUGAGCUAUGAAGCAUACCGGACGUACGCAGCACUUUCCUCGUUGGUUGACACACGUGUACUAGAUAUUGACCGGAAGCGCCCAGACUACAUAUACAUCAAGCACCACAUCUACCGGCAGUCGCUGCGCGAACGUGCCCUAGAUGCGGAGAAUCAGCACCGCCUGCUUAACAUUGUCGUACAGCCGUUCGAGAAAUGGUGGAAAGCGCUGAAGCAUUCCGUUGCCUGGCGACUGCUCCGGAUAGCCCAGCAGGGCGAUCAGGCCGAGCGGCUAAAAGCCAUCCAUCAGCUAGCACAGAUCGAUCAUUUAAAAGAUUGGGACUUUCAACAUUUGGCACAGCUGUGCGAUCACCGAACGGCGAUCUCACUAGCCCGCUCCAACUGUGACACACGCUGGUUCCUUCCGCCACGCCAAUACGGUGUCGAGAAGGAGAUGCGCGAGGUGUUGGUGGAGAUGAAAUCGCUGCUGGAACUGCUGUCACCCCACAAGUGUGCGGCUUACGCGCUGGAGCAAACGUUCGGCAGCUCGGGACACAUUCGCGAACCGGACGGUGAUGAGGUGACGUACCAGAUGUCCCCGUCCCGGUUCGAGUACGACCAGCUCAAGCAAUCGCUCAGCGCCCUAAUCCACCUGACCGGGUUGGUCGGGCCGGAAGGUAAACAGCACUGCCGGCGGAUUGUCGAUGCCGGCGGAUUGCUAAUGCUGCUCGAGGCGGAAAAACUGUUCCGUGGCGAUAUCGAUAUGAAGCUGCUCAUUAGCCGGCUGGUGGGCAAUUUGUCUGCGUGCGAGGGACUGGGUUACGAGUUUUAUGCGAGCGGAUGGAUCGGUAUACUGGCGCGCUGGAAGCGUGACGUGGAUAUGCGCAUGCAGGUGACGGCUGAUCUGACGCUGGAAAACCUCGAUCAGGACGAUCCGAACGGGUUCCGGUAUGCGCCGAAGGUGUACCCGCUGCAUCCGCGCGGUCGCCAGCAAGCAAAGCCGGCCGUCGAUGUGGUGUUCAUCCAUGGGUUGCUAGGAGGAGUUUUUGUGACGUGGCGUCAGAAGGAUCUCAAACCGCAGGCUGCCAGUCUACUAGGUAAGAAACACAAAGACGUUCAUUUAGUGUCCACAUCGUGUACCGAUUCGUCCUCCACCAACAACAACGACAUUGCACUGCAACGACCACCACCACCAUUGGACGAUUUAACAAACCGCACGGACCACGCGCGCAGAGGGCCAGCAGCUAGUGCUUCCCGCUGGUACAGAAGUUGGUCCGCGAAAAAAUCCUCCUUCGAGGAGGACGCCGUGGAAGGCGCAGAAGAGGGCAUUGCACCGUACAAAGAUGAACUGCUUACGUUCCAAGAGUCAACCACAGCCGUACCGCGAGAUCCAUCGAUCAGCGACACCGAAACCAAAGAGCUAAUAGAGGCACUGCAACAGGAAGAACCACUCGGCUCAGACUGGACUGUCGUUUAUCCGGACGUACCGCUGAAAGCGGACGAAGACGCCCGAUCGGGAAAACGAUCUGCCACCGCUGACGGAGCCGCCUGCAGCGUGUCGGGAGACAGCUGGCUACAGGAACCGCUCGAAUCCGGCCAACGUUCCUUCUGCUGGCCGAUGGAAUGGUUACCGAAAGACUUCCCGAGCAUCCGUGUGCUUGGGCUCGAUUAUGAUUCCUCCCUGUCGCAGUGGUCCGCAACCGGCUGUCCGUGCGAAAAGUACGACGGCAAACUGCAGAAGCGAGCGGCUGAAUUCCUAGAAAAGCUUGCCACCUCCGACGUCGGUCAGGAUCGGCCCAUCAUCUGGGUAGGCCACUCGAUGGGAGGACUCCUGAUCAAAAGCAUCAUGGUGCAGGCCCUCGAAAGUCCGAACCCAAAGGUGCGCCGGCUGGCAGAAAACUCCCGCGUCGUCAUGUUCCUCGGUACGCCCCAUCGGGGUAGCGGUGUGGCCAAACUGAAGCAGCACACGUCCGCCCUCGUCUGGCCGUCGGUCGAGGUUCAGGAGCUCGAGGAAAACUCGUCCCAGCUGUUGCAUCUAAACAAAACGUUCCUGCGGGCGGUCGACGGGCUAGGGCCACGCAAACCCGAAAUCAUUACCCUCUGCGAGGGACGCCCAACCGUACUGACCUCGUUCAAGCUUGCCAUACACGUCGUGCCGGAAAGUUCGGCCCGCAUCGAUGCGGGCGACUUCUAUCUCACCAGCGAGGAUCAUCUCAAUCUCAGCAAACCCAUCUGCCGGCAAUCGUUCCUUUACCAACGGCUUGUCGGUGCCAUCCAGGAUGCGAUGCGACCAAGCGGAGCGGAGAGCAGUGUGCCGGUGGCGAAGGCAGCCCUAAACACUGCACACCACCACCAGCAACAGCAGCUUAUUUUCCACGGCACGAAGAAAAGUGGCAGCUCGGCAUCGGCCGCCCUAUCCAGCCUGUACACGCAGCUGAAGCAGUUUGAGCAGCUGAUGAAUGUGUUUCUUUAAUUUUUGGUUCCAGGAAGCUGAAGGCUACCACCACCGUUGACAACUGACAUCGCAUUUGUUUCGAUGUAAUGAAGUGAUCUUUUUUUCGUUUUAAGUUAUUUAAUUGCUUUUUUGGUAAUGUUAGCUUAGCGCAACAACACUUUUUUGUAGUUGAUGUUAUUUAUUUGUUUCUCUUUCUAUCGCCAUAGUUUAUGGUACUGGUACCGAAGCACAAACCGCGAAUAUUUACACCGAGAAAGUAUUUUGUUGAUAAUAAAAUGAAACUGAACGAAAUUUAAAA